UUUAGUGAAGAUUAUGAGAAGGGGGUAAGAUCCCCUUGAGACCAUCAUCACGAGUCAAACCGUCCUCACGGACGUUAUAUAUAUAGCCACCAUCGAUUCCGUUCAGUUCCAGCUUUUGCCAAGGUUCUUCCAGGUACCGUUUCGAAGCAGCAGUCUUCGAUAGGCGCCACAAUGAAGUUCGUGGCUCUCUUGUUUAUGCUCUGCCUGAUGACUGUUGGCGCAAUGGCCACAUUCUUUCUCGGAUAUGGCUUGAAUGGAUACACUGGACUUGGCCUCGGACUUGGUUCUGGUGGUGGCUACGGAGGAUAUGGUGGCUACGGUGGCUACAGUGGCUAUGGAGGCUACGGCAGCUACGGUGGAUACACUGGCUACCCGAGCUAUGUCGUCUACCCUUCUUAUGGAGGUUACCGGCGAUACGGGGGAUAUGGAUACUAUGGAUGAUUAGAAGAGGCCCUACAACUAUGUCAAUUUAGUGAAUGGUGGCUAUACAUUGAAAUGAAUGAAACUCCAAAAAAUAAAUUAUGUUAAAAA